AACUACUGGUGUGAUUCACCAUGGUUACUGAUUAAUGAUAGUAUCGAUGCUAUGAAGAAUGUUAAGCCAGAUCCAGACUUUAUUCUUUGGACAGGCACUGAUUUGAAUUUAGCAACAAUUCAGAACAUAACGUCUAAACUCCAGGAAUCCUUUCCUGGUACAGUUACUUACGCAACUCUUGGUAACAACGACUACUAUCCCAAAGAUCAAUUUCCAACAACAACCAAUAAACUUUAUGUAGGGGUUUCUAUCAUGUGGAGUGACUGGUUAAAAGAGACAGACCAAAUCCAAUCAAUGAAGAGAGUUGGCUAUUAUUCCCUGAAGACAAAGCAUGGUUUACGAAUUUUUGGUCUCAACACUAACCAUUUUUAUUCUGCAAACAAAAUGACGGCUAAUCUAACCGAUCCUGCUGGACAACUCACCUGGCUUGAUCAACAACUAACCGCUGCAAAAUCAAACAAUGAAAAGGUAAGUUGA